AGAUUACUCUGCCUCUGGAAUUUGUACUUGAAAUUUCGACAGUUCUAAUUAGUAACAGAGAAAUUCGGUGAAGGUAUCACCAGAAUUUAAUAUGACUGGAUCAAGGUCACUUCUCAUCAGAGUACCACUACCCACCUUCUCCAGUAUUGUCCACCGUGUGAGGGAAGGGCUGCUAGAAGUAGGAGAACUUGUCUACCCUUCCAGAACAAGCAAUAUUUGCAAAAGAAUGACGAUUAACUCACAUCCUAGGCUCAUUCAACACAAGUCUGGCCAAUCUUCAUCAGCAAUAGGAUUACGGUCAAAGCCGUCAAAUUGUCAGGUUUCAUCCACAUCUUUGCAGCUAUCAGCUUCUCCUUUGCAAUCAUCAGCAUCUUUGCCAUCACGGCUGCUGUGUAGUUCUUCAGUAAACUCACUGAGUCAUUCCCGGGGGCAUCCAAGAUUGCUCGAGUGCAGUGAUGAGAGAACUCAGGGGAUUGCGGAGAAAGAUUUUAUCAUCAUUGAAAACUUUGUCACAGAAGAAGAGGAGACAUCUUUACUGAGGGAAGUUGAAAAGUUUCUGAAAAAAGUGCGCUAUGAAUACGACCACUGGGAUAAUGCAAUACAUGGAUUCAGAGAAACAGAGAAAUCUCGCUGGUCUGAGGUUAAUAGUCCUAUCAUCCAAAGGAUACGGGACCAAGCCUUCCCAGCUGGUUCCCCACAGCUCACCCUUGUGCAUGUCUUGGACCUGGCCCAGAAUGGUUACAUUAAGCCUCAUGUAGACAGUGUCAAGUUUUGUGGUUCAACCAUUGCUGGGUUGUGUCUGUUAUCUCCUGCAGUCAUGAGACUAGUCCAUGAAGAAAACAACGAUCAAUGGGUCAAUGCACUUCUUAACCCAAGGAGCCUAUACAUAAUGAGAGACAGAAUGCGGUAUGACUACACCCAUGAGGUCUUAAAAGAAGAGGAAUCGGUCUUCAGAGGGAGCCCUGUACCAAGACAAAGACGUAUCUCCAUCGUGUGCCGUACGGAAGUACCUCAAUCUUCAUAGCAAGAAUAUGUUGAAAAUCAUCUGUGUUAAUUCUGAAGUGAUUUGGAACCCCUAGAUAGCCAUCUUCAUUACCAUCAUUACUUUUCUUUCUAACAGAAGUACAUUUAGGCCAAGCUUCUAUUUUGCAGCUGAAAUUUGGAUGUUUUCUAUAAAAACCAAACUUUGACUUUUGGAAUAUUUUUAACAUUAAUAUGUAAUUUUCUAUAGAUAAAGAAUUUAUUCUGUAAGUUUACGAUAGCAAUUCAAGUCUGCUAUAAGAAAUAAACUGUAGUUGAAGUCUUCAAGAUAACGCAAAGGUUAUUUCCAAGACUAAAACCCAGCAUGAAGUUAAUAAGCUGUUUGCAUAAAUCACUUAGAAUGAUGCACCAAAAUAAUUCAAGUACAUAAAAUAUGAAAAACAGUCUCAUUUAUGUGUAUGUUAUAUUUAUUUCAAUUCAUCUUUCGCAUCAUUGCUUUAAAAUAAUUAGAAGUGAAUAGUAAUUAUAUAAGAUCUGCUUCGUUGUUCUGUUAUUUCAAACCAAAA